AACAGUGCCUGAAAGCCACAUUUUUUGUUUUGUGAUUUAAAUAUCUGUCUACAAAAAUAUUCCAAUGGACAAAAUAAUUAUGGCAUAUCUGACAUUUUUUUCCAAACUGCUCAUCGCUACUGGUAUCCUGGAAGUUGUAACUGAUGGUGAAGCCACAAUUGCAAAUCAAACAAAUAUAACAGAGAUUUUUCAUUCUGCUUCAACAUUUGAUCCUGAAACUAAUUUCAGCACUGGUUCACCCAAUGGAGAGAAUUCGAAGACUAAUGUAACAGUGGAUCUUGGAAUUACGAAAACUUCUGACAUCCGUGCUUCUUUAACUACUGAAAUAUAUAGUAAUCUAAAUACUAGUGACAAUCAAAGUCUUAAUCAAACAGAAGAAAAUGGUAACAGCUCCUUCCCAGAUAACAGCUCCAGUGCCAGAACCACAGCCCUAAUUAUCUCAACAGAGUCACAAAAAGUACCAACAAGUCAGAUGUCAGACAUAGAGGUGUCUUCAACUGCCACCAUUACUUCAAUUACCAGCACUUCAGGUUUCAAAGUGAGCAGCACACUUUCACCUUAUAGCUCUUCAGUAGUUCCUGUUGGAGCAGCAAACACUUUGAGAAUUGCCUUACCUUUGAUCCUGAUCUGUAUUUUGAUUUUGUUUCUCAGUAUCAUGCUGGCUUAUUACCAGCACAGAAAGAAACGUAGGUAUUCCUUUGACCUCUUCCACAAAACUGCUGAAGAUGCUGACAUUCCCUUGAGUGGUCCAAAUAGCCCAGGUGCCUUCGAAAUAAUUCCAGACAAAGAAGACAACACUGAUGUUAAGAAAAUGAAUGGAGACAUGGACAAUCAUGAUAAAACUCCAUCUGUCAUCUUGAACCUGCCUGAGGAAGUUAUUGAAAAGCAAAACAACUGUGAAAAUGAAACAAACCACAGCCCAGCAAACCUUGACCAAGAAAACACAGACAGCCUUGACAAUUGGUCCUUCAAAGCCCCAGGAUCAGAUUUCACUGAUAUUGACUUGAUGAACUGAGUCAUUUCAGAGUGAUUUGCAUGUUCCCAUCAGAAUACUCCUUGAGGAUCAGUGAACUCAUGUUCCUCUGAUGCAAAUGUUAGCCCUUCUGAUCUGUUGAGGAUUCGCUUUUGGUCUAAUGCUGCAUGUAUUAUAUUCUAGCAUAAAUAAAAUGAUGUAUGAUUUUCUUGUAUAGAAGUACAAUACAUACAAAACUUGACAUGGAGGGUUCUUCAGAAAAAUUUUUGCGAAAUUCCAGGGUGACAUAUUGAGACAGAUACUUCAGUUCUAGUGCCUUGGUGGAUUGGGUGAUGAAAAUUGGGAGAUUGAUGCAAGAUUGAAAGUCCAGUCAAUUUUAGGUAGUUUAAUAAAUACCCUCAGGUUUAUUUUUCAAAUUAUUAUUUUAAACAGAUACUCUUAUGCUGACGAGCACUGCUGUAAUUUCUAAACCUAUUGUGCAUUACAUCUGAUGCUUACAGAGUUCGGCUACCCUACAUCAUUCCUAAAUCUAGACCCAGCCAUGCCCACUGUAGUUCUUGAUCUCCAUGUUUGGUUUGCCUUCCACUCACUGUUAAAAUUUUCUCCUCCAUUUGCUCACUGUAAAAGUGAUGCUGUUGACAUUUCAUUUAUUGCCAUGCUUAUUUUGUGAUCCUAGACUCUUCCCAUGAGGGGAAGGAUUUACCUCUCAGCAUUUACCCUGUAAAGUGUCUUAAGAAUUCAAUACAUUUCAAUGAGAUCACCUUUCAUUUUUCUCAGCUCCAGUGAGUAGAGUCCCAACUGGUUUAGCCUUUGAUCAUUAGGCAAUUCCUCCAUACCAUGGAUCAUCCUAGUGAACUUUCUCUGAACCGCUGCCAAUGAAAUGAUAUUUUUCCUUAAAUAAGAAGACCAGAACUGUUCGCAGUACUCCAGUAAUGGGGGUCUCACCAGCACCUUGUAUAGUCUCAGUAAGACUCUCUACUCUUAUACUCCAACACCCUUGAAAUAUUCCUUAAGCAUUCUUUAAGCCUUCCUGAUUACCUGCUGCACCUGUGUACUAGCUUUCUGUGCAUCGUGUACACAUACCCUCAAGUCCCUUUGUGUUGUAGCUUUCUGCAGCUUUUCUCCAUUUAAAUAAUAUUCUGCACUUUUGUUCUCCCUACGAAAGUGAUCAACUUCACAUUUUCCCACAUUAUAGUCCAUUUACUAGAAUUUUUCCCACUUACUUAACCUAUCAAUAUUUCUGUGUAAACUGUAUCUCUCUUGCAAACUUCCUUUCCAUCUAUUAUUGUGGCAUCUGCAAAUUUGGCUACUGUGCAUUUGCUUCCUUCCUCUAAGUCAUUAAUAUAUAUUGUAAACAGUCCCAGGACUAAUCCUAAUGGAAUCCCGCCAGUCACGAGUUGCCAGCCUAAAAAAAAAUCCCCUUGCUUGAGGGCUGAGAGCUGGUUUAGUAUUGAAUUGGUCAACUGAGACAGGACUGAUGUUGGCCAGCCAACCACUGAGAAUGCUAAAAUGAAAAAAACAAAAAGAGAAGUGGUUUUGUAUGUAUUUUGAAAGCAGGACGCAGUGUUGCUUUGGAAGAUGCUGGACUGUGUUUUUUUGGUUUUGCCUUCUCUGGUUAUUCUACAAUUGGAUUUAUUGAAAGUCCCGAGAAAAGAAUCCCAGUCUUAUAAGCACUAAGGAGAGGUCUCUAGAUGUCUGCACAAGCUCUUUGCAUUGUCCAGUGACUUUGAAAUUCAAGCAAGGUAAACAGUCCAAUGUGCUGUGAUACAAUCCAUCAGAUUUCAUGAAGUCUUGGUAUUCAUUGUUGAAAUGGAUAUCGACUGGCAAAUUACAAUUAUAUGUUAAAAAAUUAUCCCUUAAUUUUGUCUGUCUCUCUGUCAGUGUAUGAAUGGGGAUUAGUGGUCAAAAAAGAUUGGGAUUAGAUCAUAGAUUUAAUUGGAUUGCUUUGUAGUUCAUCUGUGUUCUGCUCAAUUUACACAUUAUUAAUAAUAAAAUGUCAAUUUUGUUAUAA